AUGACGCAGUCAAAGAGUUCUGGAGUUAGUAACGUCCUGAACAGAAACCCUGCUGGUCUAGUGAAAGCGAAUUUAAAAGAGUGUGCUGGAGUCCCAUCCACCCUGUGGAAUUCCCAAGGCUCAAAGGAAAUGCAACCCGUUGCGAGACCCGGUGACCUGUUUGAAAAAAAAGACCAGGUUGAACUUGAAAACAAUAAGGAUCACAUUCACAGGACUUCUGUCACACAAGAUAUAAGAAGAAACAAUAUUGAAAGGGCUCUUGACAGAUUCUUGAUUGGCCUUAUUCAGGGGAAACCCAAGCAUGCGGAGGGAGAGGAUGACGCCUCCCAGCGCCUUCAGGAUUCUUCGGAGCCGCAUUAUUCGCUGAUUAUUUCCAGACGGUGUGUCGCGGUUUCCUGCAUAAAGGGGAUAUAUGGGUACGAAAUGAGUGGCUUCCCGCCGAGGUUUCGCAGUACGAUAGGCGAUGUAGCAAACUUCAAUGACGCAUUGCUACACCAGCGAGUGCUCUUCCAAUGUUUUCUUCGCUUGGCCGAGAGUCGUGGCUGUGGCAAAUAUCUCGGAGAGGCACAGCAGCAAUCACGCCGCUUCAUCGAAUGCCAUCUGCGGAACGUUGCGAGGCUGAGUAGCAAGACAUGGAGAGCGUGGCGGAUAUUUGUGAAUGUCGACGUGUGCGGCAUGGCGGCGUUGGAGUUUCGCUUGCAUCAUAGCUCCUUGUUGUUUUGGAGUGCCGUGAUGGAGAACUGGGCGGGGGGAAGGCGUUCCCAUGGGCCAACACCUCUGGGCCGGCCCGUGUCGGGCGAAUUCUCCUUCCUCCUUUCGCAUCCCCGCAGCAAACCCUUGGACCACGCUCGAAACUUUGGGAGCAAGCAAGGGAAUAGUUAUACGAGCUACAAGAGCUCUGGAAUUUUGAUGGUUGAAAUACCAGUUGUGGAAACAUCUAGUGUUAUUACAAUCGAGCUGAUACAUCCCAAAAUUAUCUGCACACCAUGGCAGUCACGAAUUAACGACUCGAGCGAAGGCACCACUGCCUUUCGACGUUACGUCUACGGAGCCUCUUCCGAGAGCAGCUUACGUCCAGAGAUUGCAGGGACGGCGAAUGAACUGAGAGAAAUUUGGAACCUUCGGAAGACCAACGACAAAGAAGCCAUUGAGCACAGCGCCCAUUUUUCUAACUACACUCGGUUCAGUUCAGUCCUUGCUCAGACUUGUAGGACUAAUCCCAAUCAUGAUUCCUGUUUAUCUGAAGAGAUACUUAACGUCGGCAUGAUUCAUCUUCCCUUCAAGUCAACAUACCCGCAGUUCAUUUGCCCCGCGCCUUGCCCUCCUUCUGAGCAGCUUCAUGCAUUCUUUCUAUGCACGGAAGGGUUACAUGACUCGGGAAACAACUCCCGCUUCAUCAAAUUCUACCCAAAUUUAUGUGAAUGUAGCGUGCCGGGUACUACGACACUAAUUUCGGCGCAACAAAAACGUAUGCUGGUAUCUAGAUUUGUGACAUUAAGCACAAUAAUAGUGAACAGUGGCAAAACGACUAGUCUAGAAACGCAUUUUAUGAAUACUCGCGUCAACUUUCCCUUCCUCGCCAACCUCAUUCUUCCCCUUCAUUCGUUCCAUGACCCCGUUUACUUCCAAUAUACUAGAGCGAAACAUACAAGCUACCAAUGCGCAUCUAAUCACAUCCUCAACGCUAGCUUCAACUACCUCACUCAGCAGGUGACCUCUUUCUACUUGGCUGAGACUCCACCAGCGCAGUUUGCAUUGCGGAAAGAGAGCUGUAUUGACAUCGACUCUGAGACAAGCAGGCCUCUCGUUCACAACGACUCAGUCAUUCAGCUCACACAGUCGGACGCCCGAAACUCAAGAUCUACGCAUGGCCGUGAACGUUUGAGAGUCAUUGCCACUGCCUGGUCCUUCCCGUAUGUCUCUCGACCCAACAGGGAGAGUUACCACUGGCUAGAAGUACUCUCAGACGAUGCCUGUAAUUUCCUCCCAUUUGUGGAGGGUUUGAGUUCUUCUAAGUGCUGGGGCCUACGGCCCGAGCCCGAGGGAACUGAUGAGAGUAAGCAUUGGUUUCAUACUGAAUCACAUCUAACGUUUUUCAUUAAUUGUUCCCUCUUCAUCCCUUUUAUGAUGCUCUAUCACUCUUGCAUUUGGAUUCUCUAG